AUGAAGCGAAGGAGACCAUGUUGAAUUAGCAAGAACAAACACAAUAGAGACGAAUUAAUUCGGGUGAAUUUAACAAUCUAAGUCUUAUAGCGAAACAAGUAACUAAUCUGCCACACACAGAAGAUUAGUUGUAACACCAUCAUCGGAGAAAGGUUUGGUUUGCUGACUGACAGCGGAGGAAACAACCUGCUCAAGCCCUCUCACACUCAACCACACUCUUAAACACACACACACCGAGAGAGAACCUGUGGCGUCUAGAAGUCAGAGACCCCAGGAGCACCGGACAGGAGGAGCCAAAGGCGAACUUAAAAGCGUUUGCUUUUGGACUGUAGUACCCUUUGUAUAUUUUGAACAUCAGGAAAGGUAUUUUUUUCCCCUCAAGUGGAGAUCUAUAAAAACAGUGGAAAGCAAAUAUUGAUCAAGGAUUGUAUUUUUUUGGGGGAAAUAUUUGUAUAAAGAUUCAAGAACAUAUUUUCAAGGACAAAGACAUUGAGCGUUUCUAAAGGACUCAAAAACAUAAGGAAAUACUGUUGUUGAAAUCGAAAAAUAGAAACCGAAGUUAACUAAGAUUAUAAAAUCUGAUUCUAUCCCCUCAGUGAAAAUUGCCUUAGCUGUUCUAUUUCAGGACCUAAACCCCUUGAUACUUGUUCACAUAUAAUUUUCUAUAUUGUGUGCAGGUAUUUAUGCAUAUGAAUGCAAAUUUCUCUUCAUUUUGAAGAGCUCUUGUAUAAAGACUUAUUUUUCCGUACGUCAGUCACUCUGUUGUUAUAGGGGCCUGAACUGAACGUAUCUGUGUAUAUGUAAAUACUAUAAAUUGACUUCUGUUGUCAGAGCUUUGAACAAAACAGAAUAGAAAAUAUGAUUUGUUAAUGCUUUAAUAGACUUUCUACUUUUUGGAGAAGCUUUUUGAGGAAAGAACUUAAGAGGGGGGAGAAAAGGAAAAAAAAAGAUUUAAAGAAGAAAAUAAACAAAAGGAAGAAAUGGCAACCGCCAGAACAGAGAGUCUUGGCCCUGUUGUCAUGGGACUGAACAAGCAGAACGGGCAGCUAAGAGGACAGCCCAAGCCGGCCUCACCUCAAUCAGGACCCCUAGCCAUGGGAAAGGUGACAGGGCUCGCCCAGAAAGCAGGAGGUGUGCCUCAGGAGGGAACUGGCAUCAGGUUUGGGGAUGACUGGAAAAAGAGCCUGCAGCUUCCUCCCAAAGACACCAGGGUCCGGACUUCGGACGUGACUUCCACCAAGGGGAAUGAGUUUGAGGAUUACUGUCUGAAACGAGAGCUACUGAUGGGCAUCUUUGAGAUGGGCUGGGAGAAGCCUUCCCCUAUCCAGGAGGAGAGCAUCCCCAUUGCCCUGUCCGGCCGUGACAUCCUGGCCAGGGCUAAGAACGGGACCGGAAAGAGCGGUGCCUACCUUAUCCCCAUGUUGGAGAGAAUAGACCUGAAGAAGGAUCACAUACAAGCCAUGGUAAUGGUCCCUACCCGUGAGCUGGCCCUGCAGGUGAGCCAGAUCAGCAUCCAGAUCAGCAAACACCUUGGAGGGGUGAAGGUCAUGGCCACCACCGGAGGAACCAACCUGCGCGAUGACAUCAUGCGCCUGGACGAGACCGUGCAUGUGGUCAUAGCAACACCUGGCAGGAUCCUGGACUUGAUAAAGAAGGGUGUGGCCAAAGUGGACCGAGUCCAGAUGAUGGUGAUGGAUGAGGCAGAUAAGCUGCUGUCUCAGGACUUUGUGGUUCUUAUCGAAGAUAUCAUCAGCUUCCUGGCUAAGAACAGGCAGAUCCUGCUCUACUCUGCCACCUUUCCCAUGAGCGUGCAGAAAUUCAUGGCCAAGCACCUUCAGAAGCCCUAUGAGAUCAACCUGAUGGAGGAGCUGACUCUGAAGGGCAUCACCCAGUACUACGCCUACGUUACCGAGCGACAGAAAGUUCACUGCCUCAACACGCUCUUCUCCAGGCUGCAGAUCAAUCAGUCCAUCAUUUUUUGCAACUCCACCCAGCGAGUUGAGCUCCUAGCCAAGAAGAUCACCCAGCUGGGCUACUCCUGUUUCUAUAUCCAUGCCAAGAUGAUGCAGGAGUACAGGAACCGUGUUUUCCACGACUUCAGAAACGGGCUCUGCAGAAAUCUGGUCUGCACAGAUUUGUUCACCAGAGGUAUUGACAUUCAGGCGGUCAACGUCGUCAUCAACUUUGACUUCCCCAAGAACGCUGAGACGUACCUUCAUCGCAUCGGCAGAUCUGGGCGGUUUGGUCACCUGGGCCUGGCCAUUAACUUGAUCACCUCGGAGGACCGCUUCAACCUGAAGUCCAUCGAGGACCAGCUGGUGACUGACAUCAAGCCCAUCCCCGGUAGCAUCGACAAGAGCCUGUACGUGGCCGAGUUCCACACCUCCAACCCAGACUGUGAGGUGGAGGAGAAGGCCGGUCGGCAGCAAGGGGAACCCUAAGCCCCUAAUCCAGUGAGUCCCACCCCAAGAAAAGCCUACAUUUCCCACAUUUUUGCAAAAGUAGUUCUCUUCCUAUGUCCCAAAGCAGCUGCUUAGCAUUUGCAGAGAUGCGAUUCGAAUGGGAUCAGUGUGUAUUAAACAAUGUUAGUUCCAACCAGCUAAAUCACAGGGAUCGUUUAGGUCUUCUCCUAUUGAUUAUUCUGUUGAAAACUGUUUCUCAUGAUUCACAAAUACUGCAGGAGGGAGUAAGGGGUUAAUUAGCAACCCCUCCUUCCCCCCUUUCCUUGAGCCCUGUGUUGUCCCCCAUCUCUCUCUAAUCCCUGACAUCUUGUCUUUCAUCUAGGACAGUAAGACAGAACCAGGCUUUUGUACGAAGUCCUGCUCUUGCACACUGGCUUAAGGCACCUCUUCAAAUUUCACAGAUGUCAAGGAUUUUAUGUUUUGUUUUAAUUUCUUUUAUUUCACUGAGAGCUGGCCGCAGAUUGUUCAUUGAAAUUUUCCAACCGUUCUGUUUUGCACCGAGCUAACUCACCCCAUGCACCAUACUUUACAGUCUCUUUAGAAGAAGCCUUUUUGUUUUUUUAUUUAUUUUUUAGUACAGCAGAUGGUCCGGGGGAACACGUGCUUGUUAAGUUGUUUUUAACCUGUUCUGAAUAUGUAGCCCUCCCAAGUUUAUGGCUAGCAAGUAUAAACUAGGUCUAUGGAUAUUAGAGGUGACUUCCACCAGCCAUCCUCCUCGCUCACAGUCCUCUCUCUCCAGUUGUCACUCAAGUGCCUUGAUUACUCCCACAUGCACUCUCAUCCAUUCAUACGUCUGUUUUUCAUGACAACCAGAAUAUGAGCACAAUUAAGCUAAAUAGUGAACCUGGAAUUUUCUUUGGUAUCCGUUAUGCAAUUUAAUUGUUGUACGCAGCGAGGGCAAGUCCCUCUGUCCUUUGAGACGUGCAGUGACCCGGCUCGAGGUUAUCACUUUUUAGAUGUGAACUUUGCAAUAAAAAGCAUCUUUAUUUUGACGUGACUGCUUUCAUGUCACUAUGGAAACAUUCUUUGAAGUUGGAGCGAAUAGGAUUUAAUCACCAAAAGACAGACUGCCCAUAAUAAAGCUAUUGAUGUUAGUCUAAAAUUAAACACAACACAGGAUUAAUUAUAUGACCAGGUCACGACCAGUAUCGUCACAAGUAUCGUCUAGCUAAUUACUGCUCAGCUUGUGCCAUGUGGCCUGAUUUUUAACCCUGAACUGGAAUUCCAUUAUUAUUUCACAGUGGUGAAGAUUUUUAUAUGACUUCUCUGGGCUGCAAUUUGGUAAUAUGCACAGGGUUUUGUUAAGGUAACUAUUAGGUGCUCUGGAAGUUUACAUGGUGCAGAACAAAAAGGUUGACACUUUCUUUGCCCCCUCCCCCCAAACCAUGUGUAAGCCCAUUAGGUUAAAGGCCAACAUUUUUCGUCCGUUUCUUCAGACCCAUGUUAACUUGAGGUCUUUGAAUGUAUUUAAUGCCAAUUUAUUAUUUCAGCCCGGUGGUAAAUGCCAAUCCCUCAAAGCUCUCUGAUAAUUCUCUUCAUCCAAACUCCAGGAGAAAAAUUGAGGCAUUUUGAUAGAAUGGAUAAGGAUUGCAAGGCAAUCUUCUUGUGUGAUUUCAUCAUACUUCUACUUUAUUGAUAUGAGGCCCCUGUUCGUUUGUUUGUUUUAUAUAUAUAUAUUGAGCAAGUAUAAUAUCAUCGCCUGAGGGUCUGGUUUAUUUUGAAAGCAAAGUUGUAGCAUCUUCAAACUGGCAGCUGUGAUUUUUUUUUUUUGACCCUCCUUUAAAAAAAAAUAAAAAAAAAACCAUAGGUAGAGAUGAAAGCAGAAAACAAAUCGAUACAUUUGGUUAUUUUCAAACUAAUUUUAUUGAUGAUGCUUUGCUGAGCAGGUAGGGGAUAUUGCUGGUAUUUGGGACUUCGGGAAAGCUUUUGGUGGGUUUGUGAAAUCCAAGUCUUCAAGAUGUCAUGUUGCUCUGGCAUCUUGAAUUUUUUCCUCUCUCCGGUACUUAAACUUUUACCACAACAACAAUCGCAACAGUUUUUGUUUUGAAAUCCUCAUACUUUUAGUUCCAAUGUACAGGUUGGACAAUUACCAUUACCAUUGUUUUGCUUUAAGUGCUUGAGAGAAUGCUAACCUAGCACAGUCAUAUUGGGGUGCUUUUUCUGAUCUUGUAACCUGAUUAUCUUCCAUCUUUGUGAGAAAGUAUCACAUUUAUAGAAGAAAUUCAGGAACACACCCCAGAUUAGCUUGGUCAGUCUUUUUACGAGGUGUUCUGAAUCAUUUUGAGGAAAUGAGGUGAAAAUGAUUCUUAGUUUACACAAGGCGUUUACAAGUACAAAAAGAAAUAUUUGCUUCAUGGUGGUCAAGAGUUAGAUUUUUUUUUUUUUUUUUUCAUCCUUUUGGUAACUGACUUUCAGGAUUUACAUUGAAGCAAAACCAAAAAAGUGUAGUGUGUGUGAAUGAAAGACAACGAGAAUGAGUGUGUGAAUGAAAGACAACGAGAAUGAGUGUGUGUGAAUCAGUUAGAAUGCUGUAUGUUUCAUCAAUGUUUUGUGUCUGCGAUUGUAAGAGUGGCAUAUAAUGUCUUAAUACUCUUUUUGGGUGUUGGCAAAUGACUUCCAAUUUACUAGUCUCCUCUUGUAACCCGUACCCUGCUAGCACAGAACAGGUCAAAGCACUGUGAAGUACAGAAUGCAUAAAUAGUUAAGGGCAGGUUGCUGCAUAUUCCCAUCUCGGCUCCUAUGUCAAUGCUUACCAAGGAGACCAGUAAAAGGGGAGCGUUUAGUGUUGAUGGAGCUUUUGUCAGUUGGUAAAGUCUGGAUGCGUGUCACAAUCGAAAAUAAUGUCUAACUGCAUACGUUUGGCUGUUGAGUCGGGUAUACCUGUGUGAAUGAUUAUGAAUGUGUGAAUGGGGGGAGGGGGGGGGUGUAACUUUCCUGGUAACCUUCAGGUAUGUAGAGUAACCAUGUUCACAGCAACCUGUUUAGAACAUGAGUAAGAAAAGCUUUCAACAGCGGGGAUUGGGGCUGGGUUUGGGUUUAAUGUAAUGUAGCAAUCAUAGUAUUGCUGCAUAAGGUUUGAACAGAAUAAAAUGACGACUCCCAAGAAAAUCUGAAACCAGAGGGGUCUAUUAUUCUCAUAUUGGAGAAGUAUUAAUUGACAAACAGCAUCUCCAAAUAUUUCCAGGACAUUAAAUUGGAUUAUGCAGACAUUCGGGACGUUAUGAGAUCUCAUAUAUCAUAAUGGACCGAAGACAGUCCUAAGAGGUAACACUGAGACAAUAGAAGCAGUCUUUUCUCAAUUCAAAUUUCUUUUUUAAAAUAUGUGUAAGUAAUCUGAAGUCCUGUUCGCCCGGGAUACGCACCCUGUAUGUAACAGUUGACAUACAUUUCUGUUGUCACAAAAGGCCGGUUGAGUAUAUUAUCUAGACUUCAGCUCAGUCCUGUUUUUGAUUUUUUUUGGGGGGUGGGGGUUUGGUCAGGGGUGUCAUGUACACACCUUUGGUGGCAAUUUAUCUUAUUUGUUGUUUUCAAACCUGUUACGCACCCCAACAACAGUUGAGAAACAAAGAACUUGCGUUUACUUAUGAAAAAACGUAACCAGAAAGCCCUGAAUUUUUCCUUAAACUGAGCGCCAUGUUCAAUAGUCAAUAAGUAUAAUAAAGCUACAAUUAAAGCAUUUUCAUCAUGUGGAGGUUUAUAUAUGAAUUGAAUUUGCUGUUUUGAUUGGCAUAUACUCUAGUAUUGUUUUGAUUGGCUACUAUUACAAUACAGGUUUUAUGCAUUCCUUGUGAUUUCUCUGUUUGGCUGUAUCCCCUCUACUAAAAACUGAAGCAAUACAGAAGAUUACACUGUAAGUAAAUGCAGGCGAUCAUUGGACUUAAUAAAUUGAAUUGAAAUUAAA